CCGACGUCGGUGGACGCAGACCACUUCCGGCGUCGCUAUGGCGGCUAACGCUACCACCAACCCGUCGCAGCUGCUGCCUCUAGAGCUUGUGGACAAGUGUAUAGGAUCAAGAAUUCACAUCGUGAUGAAGAGUGAUAAGGAAAUUGUUGGCACCCUUCUAGGAUUUGAUGACUUUGUCAAUAUGGUACUGGAAGAUGUCACUGAGUUUGAAAUCACACCAGAAGGGAGAAGGAUUACGAAAUUAGACCAGAUUUUGCUAAAUGGAAAUAAUAUAACAAUGCUGGUUCCUGGAGGGGAAGGACCGGAAGUAUGAAUGGAGUCCCUUGACUUACCCUAGAUUCUGUAUCGUCUCGUAAUGACAACAAAAUAUAAAAAUUUUUUUAAGCCUUUCAUUGUUAGGAUUCUGUGAAGCUAAGUUUCCCGUUAAAGGGGAAUGCUUUGAAGAGGCAUUGUAAAUGCCAUUUUAUAAGUUAAAUCAUGUUUAUCUUGGAGGAAAAAAGAACAGUUUGUUCUUCGAAGACUAAAAUAAAGGUGUUUUUGGUUGUCAUUUUAUUUAUUAUACUGCCAUAGCCACUGGGGCAAAGCUUGUAGUUGUUUAGUCAGUUCCUCUCUUGUCAUGUUAUGCCUGUUUGCUGCCUUGUUUCUGUGACCACUUGAUUCUCAAAAAUUGUUCCAAACAUAAUGGGGAACUUUGAUUUUUGAACAGAUGCAUUAAAAAAAUCCCAAAAUGAUUUAAUUCAAACUUUGAUGUUUUGAAAUUAAGAUUUUUCUAUUGAACUCAAGCUCCAUUAACUCCUAUUAAAAAUAAGCAAAAAUACACAGAUAAUAUUUGUACAUUGUAGAAAUGCAGAUAAAUAAAAAGGAAACAUUCAUCAUGCUUCACUGUGUAUCCUCUUAGACUUUCUCAGCACACAUUUUAUAUUUACAAAAAUGUUUCGACCCUGAUUACACUGUUUUGUAGCCUCCAGGUAAGAGUUUUAAAAAAUCUCAAUGAACAUCUUUCCAUAUUAGGUAUUUCAGCAACAUUAAUGUGUGUGCAGUAUUUCGUUAAAUGGAUUUACCAUAAUUUAUUUAGCCUCUUAUUGGCCACAGUAGUCUCACUAAACCUUUAUACGUUUUUGUUUUUCUUAGAAGAAAUUCACAAAUGCAUAAGGUCAGAGGGUAUAUAUCAUGUUGCCAACAAGGUUUUGUCAGCAGUUUUUCACAGUUGCCACCAUGGGCUGUUUUUUCUUAACAUUGUGAUGGGCAAAACCUGGUAUGUUUAAAAUUUUCUUUAUUGUACUUUGUGAGUUACUUCUAUGAGGCCUUUGCCAUUGAGAUGCUUAUCUUGUUUCUUACUAAUUUUUAAGAAUUCUUAAUAGGUUACUCUUAGUCAUGUAUUUUGCAGGUUAAAUUCCCCAAUUUGUAAUAGUUUGCCUUUUAGUGGUACAUUGUUUGUCAUAAAUAAAAACAUAUA